UCCACGAGGAGGGGGAAUGAAUGAUUCAUUCACAAAGAGAAUCCCUAAAAACUUUCUGGAUGUCCUGGUGCUCCUCCGGCCCGACGAUGCAACGGCCCACGGACCAGAGCGACACCGGUCUGGGUAUAUUUGGUGUAUUUCACAACGACAUGUGAUCAUGUGUGGGUUUAGUAAGAAGUGGGCGUUUGGCGGGUUUUCUCUUUUGAACGGAAACGAAACUGAAAGCAGAAAAAAAAGACAUCGGCAGUCAGAGAGGUAACAGAAGAGCACGGAAGAAGACACAAGAUAUGGCCUCCGCUCCAGCAUCAUCCAGUGAGACCUGCUCAUUGGACGAGCAUCUAACAUGCUCCAUCUGCAUGGAAAUGUUUGAGGAUCCUGUCACUACAGAUUGUGGCCACUCCUUCUGCAAGAAAUGUCUGGACCUCUGCCAUGAGUACGCUCACCUGUGUCCCAUGUGCAAGAAGCCUCUAAGCAGAAUCCCGGAUGUGAACAUCGUCCUGAGAGACAUCGUCCAACAGCAAAAGGUGGAAAAGAUUAAAGAGGAAGAUGAUGAUAUUUACACUGGGGAGGACAUUUACACAGACCAGACGCUGAAGGCAAUGAAGUCCUGCCUCGUGUGUCUUGCCUCGUAUUGUUCGACCCACCUGGAGAAUCAUUCUUCAACUGAAAGGCUGAAGGGCCACAAGCUGGUGGCACCUGUGAAGAACUUGGAUGAAGAUUCGAAGGAGGUUGUCUCUACUGAAGACCAACAGGGGAAGAAGAGCUUCCAGGUUUGUCAGAUUUGUGGCUGGUCCAAAAUGACGACUUAUCGGGGCCUGAGAAUUCACCAGGGGAAGAAGGGAUGCAUCCCGAAGGGAAUGAAGAUCCCAAAGACAGAGCAGCGCAACUGGCAAAAGCUGGGGGAAAUGGAACUGAAAGUGGAUCAACGGAGACGUCAGCCAGCGAGGAGACUGACUUUCAAGGAGGAGCAUUUGCCAAAACCACCAAGCAGGAACGUCCGUCCCAACUCUGCAGCAGCAACAGCCACAAUCAACAAUGGAUACAAUUCAGCUUUUGCCACUUCCCAACGCUCUUCCCUAAGAACCACAAUGUCAAAUCCAGGCCAUCCGCAGCAAUAUUUCCUCACGCUUCCACAGGUGAGUACGGCGCUUCCACUUCCUCCACCACCAGUAGUCCGACCUAAGGAGAAAAGAGUUUAUCCAACAGUAUCACAGAGUGCAGACAGGAGAGCAAUGACAGGAAGUCAGCGAGCAGCAGCAGCCACAAUCAAGGAUGAGCCUAUAUCAUUUCCACAACCUCCUUUCCAAAGAGCCCCAAGGUCAAAGCCGGGCCAUCAGCAGCAAUAUUUCCCCACCCCUCCACAGAGGAGUAUGUCGCUUCCAGUGGCUCCACCACCGGCAGUCCGACCUAAGGAGAAAAGAAUUAAUCCAACUUUAUCACAGAUUGCAGACGGUAGAGCAAUGAAAGAAAAUCAGAGAGCAACAGCAGCCACAAUCAAGGAGGAGCCCAAAUCACCGGUUGCCAUUUCACCAAGGCCUUUCCAAAGACCCACGAACCCACCGUCAGCCUAUCAGCUGCCAGGUUUCUACACUGGUGUGCAGGUGAACGGAUUGGCCAGGGAGCGUCCAUCAACUCCACCUUCAGCAACAGUAAUGCAGCUGAAGGAGAAAGACAGGAAUGAUAACGCGAGACAAGAGAGACUGAAACUUGAAUUACAGCAGGAAAUUCAAAUGAGGAGAGAAAAAAUGAGUAACAUGACACCAGCAGAGAGAGCCUGCGAGAACAUCCCAGAUUCACCCAGGACCAGC